ACAGAAGACUGUAUUUUUUCUACAUAAUCCCCCCUGAAUUUAAAGCUGGAUCCGCCCUUGGUUGGAACACCUUCUUAGUCCCAUUCCACGCUCCACCAGAGACUCAAAUACAAACAAAACAAACUCCAGUCAAAGUGAAAAUGUCGGACGGGACAUUUCUGAUUUCCAUUGCAGGACAAAUCGAAUAUUUGGACGUUAUGUCGGCUGCAGGAUCGGCCUAUCAUUGCAAAUACGAAUUCCAUGCAGGCCCAGACUGGACAAUAGUCGGAGGCCUCGAAACGGGGCUCUCUCAAAUCGCUAACGUCGUUAACAAUAACGAUAAAGUUGUCUUCAACUUUCCGGUAGACCUGCAGUUCAAGAGCACAAAUCCUUUCGGCUGGCCUCAGAUGGUGAUCAGCGUUUACAAGGAAAUGCGCUUAGAAGGUUAUGGGAGGACUCACAUGCCCAUCAAGCCGGGAAAUCACCACUUGGAGGUAAAUUUGGCCAGACCGAAAGCGUCUUCACUCUUGGGGUACCUUGGAACGUUUUUCGGAUAUCAACCACAACUGCUGCAACCCAAACUUCUCGCCAGUACUGCAGGGAGUAACUUAAUUAGAAUGGAAACUAGUGGAAAAGCUCACAUGACGUUCAACAUAGUGAGCCAGGGUUUUUUGCGGCUGGGAUACGACUAUGGACGAAGCGCUAGGGAAUAGGUAACCCCUCCGAGGGCCAAUGCAGCAUUCUCAUUUCUUGUAUUUUAUUACAUAAACUUUACUAUACA